AACGCGUCGUUAAUCGUUUUCCCUCUGUCCUUCCAGUCGGACGAAUCGUCUUUGAGUUAUUUGCUGACAUCGUACCUAAAACUGCCGAAAAUUUCCGCGCAUUAUGUACGGGAGAGAAAGGAACGGGGCCGACAACCGGAAAACCCCUCCAUUACAAAGGCUGCCCUUUCCAUAGAAUAAUUAAACAGUUCAUGGUCCAGGGUGGAGAUUUCUCAAAUCAAAAUGGUACAGGUGGAGAAAGUAUAUACGGCGAAAAAUUCGAAGAUGAAAACUUUCAUUACAAGCAUGAUAAACCAGGGCUGCUGAGCAUGGCCAAUGCAGGACCUGGUACUAAUGGCUCCCAGUUCUUUAUUACAACAGUGCCUACUUCACACCUGGAUGGUAAACACGUGGUCUUCGGCCAAGUGAUCAAAGGAAUGGGUGUUGUAAAAAUACUAGAAAACGUUGAAGUGAAUGGAGAAAAUCCUGCUAAGUUGUGUGUCAUUGCAGAAUGUGGAGAGCUAAAGGAGGGAGAUGACUGGGGAAUUGUUCCCCAGGAUGGUUCAGGAGACACUUACCCAGAUUUUCCAGAAGAUUCAGAUGUAGACUUAAAGGAUGUUGACAAGAUUGUGGCCAUAGCAGAAGACAUAAAGAAUAUAGGAAAUACUUUCUUCAAAUCGCAAAAUUGGGCAGUGGCAGCUAAAAAGUAUAGUAAAAGUUUACGGUAAGGCUAUCAUCAUUAAAUGAGGU